GCGCAGUGACCGAGCAAGGGAAACUUUCAUCGUCACUAUCGUGAACGCGCGUCAAGGGAACAACAGUCGCCUUGGAAAACGAGCUGAAAUCAACUCAUAGAGAUGGGUCGUCUAACAGUGCUGUUUCUCUGUAUGGCUCUUGUAGUCUCAACUGUGGCCAAACGAGGAGGUGGGAGUAAAGGUGGAUUUGGCUUGGGCAAAACCAGCAGCAGCAACAACAAAGGAGGAAGCAGCAGCAGUGGAAAGAGUGGCAGCAGCAAUACUAAAGGCUCCUCAACUGGGACACACUCAUCCCCAGGAAACUAUCCUCGACAACCUCAAGUACCACAUCAAAAUCCUCCCCCCAACCCUGGGGCUGGAGGCGGGUACCCUGGCCAAGGCAGGUACCCACCGGCAGGUUCUAAUCCAGGUCAAGGAUAUCCUAACCAAGGUAGCUAUCCGGGGCGUAAUCCAGCACAAGGUGGUUAUCCAGCUCAGGGGGGCUACCCUGGUCAAGGUGGUAACCCUGCUCAAGGUGGUUAUCCGGGACAAGGUGGUUACCCAGCACAAGGUAACUACCCAGGGCGCAGUGGUUACCCAGGACAAGGUGGUUACCCAGCACAAGGAGGCUACCCAGGGGGUGCAGGUUCUUACCCCAACAGGUACCCUGGACAGGCAGGAGGAAACCCCUACCCAGGUGGAGGCUCUUAUCCAGGAUAUCCAGUCCGAGGAGGAGCAGGUUCCUACCCUAACCAGUAUGGUGGCGGUGCAGUAAGACCAGGAGCAGGAGCAGCUGCAGGAGCAGCCCAGUACCCCUAUUGGAACCCCAAUAACAAAAUCAUGAGCCCAGGCUAUGGUGGUAACUACGGGGCUUACGGCGGUGGCAGAUCACCCUUUGCCCAGUCUGUGCAGGGCAUGGGUAUGGGCCCUUCUAUCCAAUCAAAAGGGUUUGGGAAACAGGCAAUUAUGGCUGCUGGAGUCGGAGCAGUGGCUGGGAUGGCUCUGGGCUACGGUCUCGGAAGUUUCCCCCGUCCUCGUUUUAAUUUCCACAACCCACAGGAGGAAUAUUACUAUAAUAACUACAUGUACAAACGGUAUGGUCAGACACCCCCUAAUGGAAAUGUAAAUGAGGACCCUAACUCUCAAGGUCAAAGACCAGGUGGUACUGGAACUGGCAGUUCAGCCUCUGGGCAACAAAAUAACAAUAACCCUCAUGAUAUCUUCCAGAAUCCUCCACCUCAGUCCUAUGAUAAGUACAUGGACAGCUGUAUGAAAAGAAAAGACUUAGUGCGAGAGAAACGGGACCUAAGAUCAAGAAGAUCCCCAGAUCUUUCAGAGCCCCAAGCGGCACCAGGUGCCGAAGUUACUGUUGAAGUCAAUGAUCCAGUUGUUGCUCAAGAAGAUGUGUCAAGCACCAACAAUACAUUUAAACCCAGUACAAUUGUGACCUCCAAACCACCUGAAACACCCAGUCAACCUCAGAAGCAAGUAGGAGAGGAAGCCAAGGAUGACGACGAUACUGUUAGCAUUGUGGAGAUUGGCUAUCCAGCACUGAUUGAGCAAAUGAAAGCACGCCGUUGUGUAGAGCUUUACAUGGUUUAUGCAGAACAGCAUGCAGCCAAACAGGUGCAAAAUCGUAAGGAAGAACAAACCCUCAGCGGAAGUGGUAACCUGUCUGGACCUCUUUGCCACAGAGCAAUCCUUCUGUCUGUUAUCUUCAGUUCUCUUUUAUUCGGACAUUACUAACAAACUGUGAUUGUCUGAGCCAGAAAUUUGUACCAUUGGCUGGAAAUAAUUUGCAAAAACCCAUCAUAUUUUAUCUGGAUGUUUCUCAAACUUAAGUUUCUCAAGACAGAUUCCUUGUGUGUGUAAAGCAAAGAGAAAGCUCUUUCUGAUUCUGAUUGAAAAUUCAGCAGACAUAGAAACAAUAAGUUACACUUAUAUUAGCACUGCUUACUAAAACAGAUAGUUGCUUAUCAUAAUUGGUAAUAACAAAGCUACCACUACAUAAAUUGUCAUGGGUCAUAUUAAAUACACCUCAAAAGUUACAAAAAAAACAUAUACACUCUUUAUUUCACAUAUUCUAUCACUGCCAGUGACCAUCUUGCAUGUGUUUUUAUGAAAUUUUCUACCGACUUCUGUUCAAAUACAGGAUUUUGCAUGAGCCCUCUACUAUCCCAAAACAUGCAUGGCAUUGGGGUUUCAUCUUUUUCAUACAUUUCAUAACGUUUCAACUGACCAUUAAUAUUGUUUGACUUGAAAAAGUGUCUUCAAGUUGUGUUUUCAUGACUGCACUCCUACUUGUGUAGAACAUAUUUUUAAAAGAUUUGUUUUUGUGUCUUUUUAUAGUUUGAGCUUUUCACCAUUCUACUGACAUUUAUUUAUUUAUUUUAAACGAUGAAUUACCUUUUAUAGGUCUGCACUGUUGGUUUUGUUGUGUUAUGUUAUUUGUGUUAUCAUAUCAGUUUGGUUUCAACUCUGUAUGUACAAUAAUACUGCUGUGUGUCAGUUACUUGCAGGUCAAAUGUACUAUGACAUGAAAACACUGUUUCUUCGACCUGUAAGUUAUGCUGGACAUUGGAUAUCAAGUGGCCCUGAGAUAACCAUUUUAUUUUAAGUUAAUCCUUCUGUCAAGGGUUUGUUUGUUUGGUUUCUCUGAAGGAAAGUGCUAAACAUUUAAGUAGAUUAUUAGCAAAGUUGAGCACUUUCUUUAGUUCAUUAUUUUAAUAUGAAGAGGGAAUGUCUUUUGACAUCCAGUAAGAAUGGCAGUGAACAAUACUUCUUGCUAAACAGAUGCAUAUGUGAUGUCACGCUUUGAGAUGUACUGAAUGUUGACAAUGUUUAUAAUGUUAUCAAUACUGAGAGUAAAAUAAUUAAAUGCA